UGGCAGCUGCUUAUACUUGCCUCCUUAAGAGUCAAGGAAAAGACCACCUCAUGGAACGAGACCAGGGAGCCCCCAACCAGACCCAGGCCAGCCCUGUCCUGGGGCACCUGCUGAGGGACCACUUAGAGGGAAGGAACAGCACCAACUCCACCAGGGCCCUGAAGCUUCCAGAUGGGACCAGUGCCACCUGGUAUAUCCUCACCAUCAUUGGCAUCUACGGAGUGAUUUUUCUCUUCCGACUGGCCAGCAACGUCCUCAGAAAGAAUGAUAAAUCCUUGGAAGAUAUUUAUUACUCAAAUUUGACCUCUGAACUUAAGAAGAAAGGGCUCCAGAGCAAGGCAGCCAAAUGCUCUUCACUGCCCGUUACCAACAGAGCUGUCCUGCAGCCCAACCAGGCCAGCCUGGGGAUAAUGUGUGGAAACAGCAGCCCCACACCGAAAUCCAAGGAAUCCAUUGAAAGUCGAGGCAAGCAGGCCUCCAUAGAAGAGGCCCAAACUUCUUGCUUUGGGGAGAAGCUUUGGGUUUAACUGAAACCUUGAGAGAGGAGUCGAGCCUUUGAGUGGGGCUGGAAGAGCAUCACUGAGCCACUGGUGGAUGGGGGUGUGACCAAAAGCCAGCAUCCUGUUUCCUUCUCAGGCUUUCUGGUGCUUUGAGAUGAGCAGGGGUAGUGGCUUCCAGCCCAACUCAACCUUCACUGGAAAAGCUUGUGUUCCAGGAAAGGGCAUGGAACAUCCAGUGUUCUUAGAGUAGUCUGGGAAACUCUUGGUGUAUACAUGAAGGUGGCCUCUUGUCAUGGAAAGAAGGCUGAAUUUGGAGUCAAAUCCCUUGGAUGAAAAUUCAGCUUCUAGAGGGUCACAUGAACUUUGAGUGGCUAGUGGCUCAUCUGGAACAUGUGAGGGUUGGGAUAUAUGGUCCCAGAGGGCUAUUCAUUCUGAAAACUCUGACUGGAAUAUCGAACCGAAGUUGUCAAUAUCAACAUCUUCAUUUUCAGAAGUUCUUCAUUUUCACUGAGAGGGUGGGGACCAUUAAAAAAAGCAUUAGUUUUGGAGUCAGAAGAACCAGACUCUAGUCUGAGUUUGACUGUUGACCACUUUGUUGUCCUUGCACACAUCACUUCACCCCUCUGGACCUUAGUUUCCUUACAGAUAAAGUGAGGAUAGUGAUGCCAGUUUUCUGCCAAUCUUACAAAGUAGAUAAGA